AUGCUGAGCCCCGCCGCCCGGCACCGCGCCCGGCACCGGGAGAUGCUCCUCGUGCUCGCUCUGUGGCUGGCGUGGCGAGAAGCACCUGCGGCGCCUACCCCCGCGGCGGAGGACAUCACCCGGGGAGUUGACUGGCUGACAAAAUUUGGGUAUCUGCCUCCUCCAGACCCUGUCACGGGGCAGCUGCAGACGCAGGAGGAGCUCACCAAAGCCAUCACUGCCAUGCAGAGGUUCGGGGGGCUUGAGGCCACAGGAGUCCUAGAUGAAGCCACCCUGGAGCUGAUGAAGACCCCUCGCUGCUCUCUGCCUGACCUCACCAUUGAAGAGUCCAGGAGGAAGCGAUUUGACCAGGCUGUCACCAAGUGGAGCAAAAGGAACUUGUCCUGGAGAGUACGCACCUUCCCAAAAGAGUCCCAUCUGGGCCACGACACUGUCCGAGCCCUGAUGUACUAUGCCCUGAAGGUCUGGAGUGACAUCACCCCACUGAAUUUCCAUGAAGUGGCAGGAAACAAUGCUGACAUCCAGAUAGACUUCUCCAAGGCAGAUCACAAUGAUGGCUAUCCCUUUGAUGGGCCUGGUGGGACCGUGGCACAUGCUUUCUUCCCUGGAGACCAUCACACAGCAGGGGACACUCAUUUUGAUGAUGAUGAAUAUUGGACUUUCCGAUCAUCAGACACUCAUGGGAUGGACCUAUUUGCUGUAGCUGUCCAUGAGUUUGGCCAUGCCAUUGGCUUGACCCACAUCUCUGCCAUAGAGUCUAUCAUGAGACCCUACUACCAAGGUCCAGUGGGAGAUCCUCUGAAGUAUGACCUGCCUUAUGAGGACAAAGUCCGGAUCUGGCAACUCUAUGGAGUCAGGGAAUCUGUGUCACUCACAGCCAAGCCUGAAGUAAGUAAAACAGAUGACCAUCCAAUCCUGCCAGAGCUACCAGAGAAUCGCUCCACUGUGCAGCUCAGGCGGGAUGUGUCCAACAGGUGUAACACGCACUUUGAUGCAGUGGCCCAGAUCCGGGGAGAGGCUUUCUUCUUCAAAGGCAAGUACUUCUGGAGGCUGACUCGCAAUAAGCACUUGGUCUCCCUCCAGCCGGCUCAGAUUCACCGUUUCUGGCGGGGUUUGCCACUCAACCUGGACAGCCUGGACGCAGUCUACGAGAGAACCAGCGACCACAAGAUUGUCUUCUUCAAAGGAGACAGAUACUGGGUCUUCAAAGACAACAACGUGGAGGAAGGGUACCCACGGCCUAUUUCAGACUUUGGCCUGCCCCUGGGAGGAAUUGAUGCUGCUUUCUCCUGGGCUCACAAUGACAAGACUUAUUUCUUUAAGGACAAUCUCUACUGGCGCUAUGAUGACCAUGAGCGGAGGAUGGAUCCUGGGUAUCCUUCAGAGGCCAUCCUGUGGAAGGGAAUACCCAGGCCUUUAGACGAUGCCAUGAGGUGGUCAGAUGGUGCAAGUUACUUCUUCAAGGGCAAGGAGUACUGGAAGGUGCUGGACAGUGAGCUGGAGGUGCAGCCCGGGUACCCGCAGUCCAUCGCCAGGGACUGGCUGGUGUGCAGUGACAUGCAGGCCGACGCCCCCGAGGCAGCUGGGAGCAGCAGGACUGGGGCACGUUCCAGGCCAGGGCAGCACGACGAGAGCCGCUCGAAGAACGGCUACGAGGUCUGCUCCUGCACCUCGGGCACCCCAUCCCUGCACCCUCACCCCAUACCCAGACUGACAGCCAGCCUCAUGCUGGCUGUGUGGACAGCAGCACUGGUCUGUGCAGCCCUAUGA